GUGCACGGUCGCGAGUUCGCCGCGCGGCGAUCGACUCCACGCGCGCCGCCGUAUGCAAAUGGCGGACAUCGCGGAGGCGCCGACGUCAUCGGGGGACCGCGCAUGCGCAGCCACUAUCGCUCGGUCUAACUGGAAUCGUAAUUGCCCGGCGGAUCGAGUGAGCGACUAGUCGAGCGUGGUUCGAUUUCUUGCGCGAUCGAUGGGUACGUCGGUUUCGGGACGAAAGAUCGUGUUCGUGAAACACAACCACCACAGACUUCGAGUAGAGUGACGGACGUAAAGGCGGAUCCGCGUUACUGUCUUCGAGGAGGUGAAUUCGUACAAGACGGUAUAAGGUCGACAGGUGUCGAUGGUGGAGGACGACGCGCCCUCCAGCAAGGGCCAUCGUGAGGAUUCGUCGAAAAUGGCGAAGUCCACCUCGAUACAUCUCCCUCGCCUCGAGAAGAAAGCCAUGCCCGUAUACGCGUCGAACGAUCCGCUCGUCGUUCGCCUUUCGAACGAUUUCGAGGGUAUAAUCGAGCAGAUCGGGAGCCUUCGACUCACGCACGAUCGAGAAACUGGUAAAUGCGAGCCCGUGGUCGAUCGAGAGACGCGUGAAACGACCGAUCGACCGAAUUUCGAUGGACCCGCGAUCUCGAUCUCGAGCGAGGACGACAGCGAGGACGAGGACAAGGACGAAGACGACAGCGGCCAUUGCGGUCGUCUCGUCGAACGGGGACCGAUGAAACCACAAUUCAUUUCGACCCCACGCAAUCAACCCUAUUUGCCACCCGACGGACUGGUCCAUUCUUGGAAAACGAACCAAGUCUCUGUGAGCGACUACACGUUGUACAACAACAACAAGGAAUUGAUCUCGCGUCUCGAUCAGCUGCAAAACGCCACGAGGAACGUAAUAAACUCUUGGAACGGAAGGGAUCGACACGCGUCGGAGACAGACCUUGCAAGUCUGAGAGAUCCAAGCGAGGAUACGUUGUUAAUGAUCAUCAACCGCGGCGCUUUCCAACCAGCGCAGAACGACUCGGAGGACAAUUUCAAUUUACCAGAACCGCCAACGGAAUGGCAGAUUUCUCCUUGCAACCCAAUCGGUUCUCCACAGGUGCACACGGCAAAUUACAGACCGCCACAGGUUCCAUCCGAUUCAUCGAACUGCUCGUCAUCUUUACAUUCCUUCUCUCCUUCGUCGAACCAAUCGUACAGCGACACACCGAGUCCAGACAAUCAAGUGAACGAACAGUUGGGCGAAGAUCUGAGGAGCUUGACCUGGAACGGCGACCAUCUCAAAUCGCUCAUACAUAGUGAGACAAAUAACACAACAAAUACAGUCGACACGAUCGACGAGUGGCAGUUGAUCGAGGAAUUCCUGAGAGACUUGGAGAAAGAGGAGCCCGAGGAGAAGGAAACGCAAGAAGAAAGCAAUGCGUCGAAAUCUAGUAACGUCUUGUACCCGAUGCAAAGAAAUAUUCCGCAACCGGACGCACCUCAAACGAGCAAUCCACUCGAGAAGAAGGAAACACGAGAAGAAAGCAAUGCGCCGAGAUCUAAUAACGUCUUGUACCCGAUGCAAAGAAAUAUUCCUCAACCGGACGCACCUCAAACGAGCAAUCCACCAUUCGCUGGUCAUCAUCAUCCUUCAUCGAUCAUGGGCGCUAAUAUCGUUUCUCCAUUCGAACGGCCACAGAGGGAACGGAAACCCUCGAGUCCUCAGCUACGACACAUACUGCCCUGGCCAUCGUUGAACCUGCCAUCUACAAACGCGAGCGAGAGGUUAAAAGAAGAGUUGGACCCAAAGGCGGUGGAGAGGGCCAUGAGCUGUUUGUUGAAACGAUCGGUGUCGGAACUGGCCAAGCAGGACGAAGAUGGAGACACCAUGCUGAUGUGUUUGGUGGGCCAUCCGGAGGAACUGGCGCAGAAGAGGGCUUACUUGGUGCCGCUCGUUGAACGGUUGAGCAUGUCCCCGGGGGCUCUGACGGUUAUGAACAAUCGCGGCGAGGACGCUCUGUAUUUAGCCGCUCUGAAUUGCCCGGAAUUUUCUUACGUUACCGGAUACCUAGCCGCGACGAUGUUACAGAAAGGGAUCGACAUCAGUCAAAGACUGUAUCACAUACGUGGCAACUCGCUGAUACACGCGGCCGCGGAGCAAGGGGACUCCCACGGCGAAAUACUCGCGGAAUUAUUAGCUUUAAAAACAGUCCAAGGGCAUGCAGUCUUCGACCUGUCGAGGCGCAAUUACGACGGGAAGACCGCACUUCACGUCGCGGUGCGAUCUCACAAUCCUGCUAAAGGAGUCAUAUGCGUGGCAACUGUGAAAUUGCUGUUGAAGCACGGUGCCGAUCCUAAAAUAACGGAGACGAAAUGCGGGGACACCGCGCUGCACAUGGCCGUAUCCUUGAACUGCGAUCCUGUUCUCGUAACGGUAUUGUUGGAUACGCACGAUACCGAUCUGGUGAACAUGACCAACUAUAAUCACAACACGGCGCUGCACCAGGCGGCGACCGUUUCGAACAGCUUUUCUCUGGAGAAGCAAAGAGAUAUCUUCUGGCAGUUGGUUUACGCCGGGGGUUAUACGAACGUGCUAAAUCGGGAAGGAAAGACACCGUUGGCUCUCGUCUCGCCGGAGAGGAAAGAUGCGAUACGAAAAAUUGUUUACAAGAGGUCGUGAAACGAAGGGAAUUCUACGACGCCACGGUAUACUCGUCCAAAGAUGAACACGAACGCUUACGAAGUCAUUCUUAACGUAACCGCGCCUACUCUACGUACAAUGAGGCUAGCUACUCGUAUACCAUCCUAUCGACGUUUUGUGAUCAGCCCCAAAAAGGUCGUGUUCUUUUUUUAAUCGCAGAACGAUUGAUAUGUACAUGACUGUUUCAAAAAUGUACGGAGAAGGAAC